AUGAACUUGAUCUUCUAUUCUGUUCACGAACGUCUUACGAGGACAUCAGCUACAACGACAGCGGAUCCCAUAGCCUACCGGAACAUCAAUGGUGCAUAUCAAGCACCCGCUUCAGCAAACGUGACUACGCUGCUUGACUUUAUCAAAUCUCGAUCGGAUUUGAGCUCCUUAGCAUCCGCGGUGGAGGGCUGUGGUGGAUUUACAGAGGCUUUCAGUACUGACGCGACAUGGGAUUAUACCUUCUUCGCACCUAACAACGACGCAUUUGAGCAAUAUACUGGAACAUAUUUCCAUAACAAUGCAGAGACUCCGUGA